AUGAUGUCGUUUAAGAAAUUGAAGGAGAGUAUAACUGAAAAAAAAUUAUCUACAGAAGACCAGCAGAUCAAGAUCCAAGAAACCAGAAAGAUAAUUGGUCCAGUUGCAGACAAGUUCCCGACUAUAUGCUCGGAUGCAUCAGUGCUAAGGUUUCUUAGAGCACGAAACUAUAAUACUAUGAAGGCUGCAAAGAUGUUGAGAGGCACCAUAAAAUGGAGGCUGGAGUUCAAGCCUGAGAAGAUUCUAUGGGAUGAUAUAGCUAAAGAAGCUCUCAAGGGAAGGUUAUAUAGGGCUGAUUAUUUGGACAAGCAAGGAAGGGUUGUUUUUGUCAUUAAAGCUGGACUUCAGACUCCAAGUUUGGCAAUGGUUCAGAUCAAGUACCUCGUUUACUGUAUGGAGAAUGCUAUAUCUAAUCUACCUUCCACACAAGAACAGAUGGUUUGGCUAAUUGAUUUUCAAGGGUGGAGCACAUCGUGUAUAUCACUAAAGGUCACCCGAGAUACUGCUCAAGUCCUGCAGAAUCAUUACCCGGAAAGGCUGGGCCUUGCAGUCUUGUACAAUCCACCAAAACUGUUCGAGUCAUUUUGGACGAUGGUGAAACCGUUUCUUGAACUCAAGACUUACAGAAAGGCGAUAUUUGCUUACCCUGACAACCCAAAGAGCCGCGUAAUGAUGGAAGAACUCUUUGACAUGGACAAGCUAGAAUCCUGUUUUGGUGGAAAUAAUAAAGCUGGAAUGAACUUUGAAGCUUAUGGUAUAAAAAUGAGAGAAUAUGACAAAAGGGUGUCUGGUUUUAUUGAUUCUGGCUGUUCAACCCCGAGAUUUUUUAGCUCGGAUGCUAAUGGUUCUGAGGAUGGAUCAUCUAGUGGUGAAGCAGCUAAUUCAAACUUCGACGAAGAUGAUGAUAUUAUGCAGGGACAGACACCUUGCUCCGAAUGUGAAUCCAAAAAUGAGGUUCAUCAUGACAAAAUUGUGAGCAACUGA